AGACAGUUCGCAAUACAAUAUUCAGCACAUCCAAUCACUUUCAAAAUAUUCCCGUAAUCUUCAAAAACUUAUCAAAAACAUUUCAUUGCCUUACAAACCUUUCAUUUUUAAGCUUUGAUUGAUGAAUCAAAUGGAUUUUGAAGUCUAUCAAUUAUCAGUUAUCAGAGCGAUAAGCCUGCGAUAAGUUCAGCUCAAUUUCGAGUAUUAAAAACUUAAAUAACUUUAAAGUUCCACAGCAGUUGUGAAGUCGCAUCGUAUAGAACCAGAGACACAAAAAGUCAGAAACAGUGAGCAAAAAUGAAAUUCCUUGGAUUUGCAAUCGUUUUAAUCUUCUGCAUUGCUGCAGCUCUUGCACAAGAUGAACCAGCAGCAUCUGGACCACUUAGCAUCACUGGAAAUAACAUCGGAGAUAUUGUUACAGUCGGAGUAAAUGCAAAUGCAGUCGUAAGCAGUAAUACAGAAUUGAAUAUUCUCACAAUGCUUGCUGCCUUGUUGAACCAGCAACUUGCUGUUGUUGGAGAUAUUCCACUUCCAAUUGAACCAGCAGAGACGAAAUAAAGGAAUUUUAAAUAUUUUAUUCUGAAAAAGCAAUUUUUUGUGAUUUUAUUCAUGACAUAUGCAUUUGAUUUAUUAUGCAUUAUUAUGAUGAAGGAAGAAAAAAAUGUGGAAAUGAUGACUUUACAUGAUAUUUUAAGAAAUUCAUUUUUUGUGG